AUGCUUAUGAUCCCUUCAGAAUCCCAAGGAAAGCGAAAACUAUACAGCAUCUCUGAGCAAAAGGUCUACAACAACUUUGAGUUACCACAAGCUUGUAACAGCACUAGGAGGUGUUGUGGCUCGAGUAAUGCUCCAGGUUGGUUGGUCGCAGUAGAUCAACUAGGCGAACAUCAACUCAGUACAACACUUGUGAACGUGUUCAAAAGAGAUGUGACGCCCAUUCGUCUACCUCUAUUGGAUUUCAAUGCCCAGAGUCAUUGGUUCAGGGUUUUCUCCCCAAAGGUUAUCUUAUCCGCUGAUCCGAUUGCGAAUCCUGACAAUUAUGUGGUUGUGGCAGUUUAUGAUAGAGUUUCAAGGUCUGCUUUCAUAAAAGGAGGACAAACAAUCUGGACUUACCUUGAGGUCCGCUCCUUCUUUACUGAUGCUAUAUUUUAUAAAAGAAAAGUCUAUGCGGGGUAUCUUGUGGAAACAACCAAAGGAGAGUUGUUACAUGUUCGAAGAUUUUUGAAACAGAAGGAUGUACCACGAGAUCACUAUUUCCAUUAUGAGGAUAAUGAGUUUUGGACCGAGAGCUUCAAGGUUUACAAGGUGGUGUUUGAUGAGAGGGACGAAUCCAUUGUGGAGCAUGUUGAGUUAAAGAGUAUUGGAGAUAAGGCUUUGUUUGUCGGUGGCAAUCAUUCGAUGUGUGUUUCGGCUUCAAACUUUCCUGGGUGUCAACCAAAUUCUAUAUACUACACCGAUGAUUUGAUAGAACUUGGAGAAGUGCGAUUAGUUGAUGAUGGAUCAAUUGAUAUGGACGACAUCUUCAGUUUAGUCAAGCUAGAGGAUGAAACCAUCUCUAAUGGACCAAGUGAUAUGGGCAUCUUCAAUUUAGAGGAUGGAAGCAUUACACAACAUUAUUCUCUAAAUCCUUGGCACAGGAACAUCCCACCUGCUAUCUGGAUCAUGCCAUUGUUUAAUGGACUCGGCUAA